AUGAAUCAUGUCAACUUGUUAUGAUCGGUGAUUUUAACCUACCCAAUAUUGACUAGUCAUUGGACUUUCCUUCUCCCACAUCUAAAGGCAGUUUCAAGGAGGAACUUUUUUGCGAGAUUAUUACAGAUCAAUUCCUCUAUUAACAAGUUGUCGGUCCAACACACCUGCGUGGUAAUAAAUUGGACUGUGUAUUCUCAAAUUCUCCGAUGCUCAUCACGAACGUGAACUGCACAAAUCCAACUGAUCAUUACCUUAUCGAGUUCGAUAUCAAAGUUUGUUUUCAAGAAGCAAAAUCGAUAACUAGACGAACAGUGUAUGACUUCAAUAAUGCAAACUUCUAUGGUGCUUGUGAACAUCUAAUGAAUGUCCCUCUCGAUCCUGCGAUAUCCAAUAAUUCAAAUAUAGACGAAUGUUGGAAAUCAUGGAAAGAUCUAUUUCUCACAGCAAUAUAUAAAUUUGUGCCUAAAAAAACAGUCGUUGACACCAACACACCACCUUGGAUAGACCGGGAUGUUAAACACAUGAUUAAGAAGAAAUACACAGCUCUACGAUAAUAUCGUCAGAAACGAACGGAAGGACGAAAACGCAAACUCCGUCAGUUGACGCAGGAAACUAAGGACUUGAUUAAACAAAAACGCCAUCAAUACAUAGGAAAAGUUCAAGAUUCCGUCGCAAAAUCACCUAAGUUAUUCUGGUCCUACCACAAAAACAUAUCCUCCGCAAUAGAAAUUCCCCCACCUGCCAACACGUACAACAACUCAACUGCAACAACACCAUACAAAAAAGCAGAACUUUUCAACGCAUUCUUCGCCUCUGUUUUUCUUCCGAAGUCAUCUUCUGAAGAUGCAAACCUGAACAUGACACCGAAAACUGAAGAAAUAAUAUCUGAUAUUCAGAUCUCGCAGAAUGAAGUCGAGCAGUCCCUUAACCAUUUGGACACAACAAGGCUUAUGGCUCAAAUAGAAUACCACCACGUCUACUGAAAGAAUUCUCAAGAGAAAUCUCGACCAGCCUCUGCAGUUUGUUCAACAUGUCCUUAACAACAGGCCGCCUACGCAAUUUUCCCUUUCGUAAACGGUCUUUGCCAUCCCAUACGGUCUUUGCCAUCCCUGCUCGAGUUGCAUCUCGGGAGCUCGCGAGAUCUCGCCACGCGCUGCGCGCGCGUUUGCAUCAUUGCACGUGUUCGUGAAAAUGUUUAUAUAAAUUAUAUUUUUGAGUGAAAAAUAUAAAUGGCGGCAAGCAGAAACUUAGAAGGCUUUGAUGAUUUACUAGAUAACGCGUUAAAAAAAGUCGAUCACCGUAUUCAUUGUGAGAAACAGACACAAGAAGAAAAGCAGAAAUUUGAGAGUGCUGUUUUGGAAAAGCUUCCCGAGGAUUACCUUUACGAAGUCAAUGAAUGUUUAGGUACUGAAUCACAGUUUAAGUUGAAGAUAACUACAGAUAAUCUUUCGUCGGAUGAUUUAAAAGGAUGGCUUGCCGAAUUUCAAGCCCUCAACAAUGUAACUCUCAAAGUUAGAGCAAAGAAGAAAGAAACGAAGGGUUAUUCGAUCCAGCAUUACUAUAGAUGCCAACAUGACACUAGACGCUGGAGUCCAAGUAAGGACCCCCAGAGGAAGCUGAAAUUGAAUCCAGCAGCCAGAGUGAAAAAUACUAACUGCCCAUUUCAAAUGGCUGUAAAGAUAGAUGCACAAAACAACUGUGUUAUUGAUAUUGAAUGGGAGCACAACCAUUCACUAUGUACUUUGGAGUCGUCAAACUUUAAGGAAUUGUCUAUAGCAAGCAUCGAAGAAAUUAAGAAGCUGUAUGAAGCAGGUGAAACCCCGUCUACUGCACGCCAGAUAUUCCUAAAGAAAUUCCGGUCUAGCUGCUCGAAUGACCUAGAUUAUCAUGUGAAGAAAGCAGAUCGCUCUGUGGUACCAAGGAGACGAGACUUUUGCUACAUUUACCAGCAGUAUGGCAAGGAGAGAUUUGGCGGAAAGAAUGGUGAAAUGCUGGAUAAACUAUCUGCCAAGUUGGAUGAUUUCCACGAAGCUAACCCUGAUGCCUCGGUGGAAUACCAACAGUAUGGUGGUGAUAAUACUCCAUUGAUCAUAGCCAUAGUGACGCCAUUGAUGAAACGCAUACAUAAGUGUGUUCCACAAAGUGGGGAACUCAUCUUUGUGGAUUCAACGUCAAACACUGAGGAGCAAAAUAUUAAGGUGUUCCUUCUUUGCACUGCUAAUGUUGCAGGUGCAUUUCCUUGUGGCUUACUGAUAACCAGUGAUGAGAAAGAAAGCACAUUGAAACAUG